AUGGACUCGUCGGCCAAGGCCGAGCCUCAGUCUCCAUCCUCCUCCUCCUCCCCACCCUCCGCAGCCAUCCAAGCGGCCGCCGUCGACCGCCCCUCCGAUGCGCCGCGACGAUGCUUCAUCUGCCUGACGGACGAAGACCCCUCCGACCCCCCGGGCUCGUGGGUCGACCCGUGCCCCUGCACGCUCGAGGCGCACCAGGACUGCAUGCUGUCGUGGGUGACGGACUGCGAGCGCUCCAACAAGCCGCUCAAAUGCCCCGUAUGCAAAUCCGCCAUCGAGAUGGAUGGGCCCUGGGACCCCAUCGCCUCGCUGCACGACGCCAUCCAGCAGAGGUUCACCCGCGCGAGCCCCUUCAUCUUGCUGACGGGCGUGUCCGUCGGCGUCCAGUUCAGCCUGCAGAUGUACGGCGCCAUGGCCCUGUGGACGUUUGCCGGCAAGGAGGCACUGCUGCGGUUCGCGCUGGGGCCCGAUAUGGUGAUUGAUGGGCGGCCGCCGGGGGCGUUGCGGUUCGCAAAGGAGCGCAUCGUGAAUGCGCUCAUUCUGACGAAUGUCGCGCCUACGCUCCUCGUGAGCCAGCUACUGCCGGGGCUCACCAACAGAUACUUUAUGCAGUCUGCCUCUAUUUACGGCAUUUAUAGCAUGAUUCGAAACGAGAACUUUUUAGAGUGGCCUCCCUCUCCCCGAAUGGCCAUGGUGGCCCUGCCCAUUCUUCGAAAGAUGUACUUUAGCUUCUGGAGAGACUUCAUCAUGCCAUACGAAGUGAAGCUUAACCGACAGAUUUCCGGGCUGCCACCUCUCGACCCUCAGCAAGAGGCCGAUGGCGCUCAUCGGCAGGACCUGGAGCGCAACGGAGAGGGAGGCUUCAUCGGCCUCCUCCAGAACAUCCUGGACGUGCUGGAUCCGGAUGAAGAGGAGCCCGCCGCCGGGGCCAAUAAUGGAGGCCGCGAGGCGCGAGGAGGCGCCCAGCAUGAGAUCCGUCUGGAGCAACGCGAGGAGGGGGACGAGAUCCGCGUUGAGCUUCUCAUCGAAGAAGUGGUGGAAGAUGGGGACGACGAGGUACAGGUCGUGGUACCCGAGGAUGAGGAGUUUGGUGGCCAGCGCUGGGGCCAGGCCCAGGAUGAGUUGGCCAACGGACACGCUCAGGAGAAUCAACGGGAAGCACCUCAAGCGCCACCCGCACGAAGAAUGGGCCUUGGUGGUCUCCUGUCCAGCGUGUCCAACUCCAUCGUCGGGGCUCUCCUCUUGCCGGGUAUCUCCUUUGCCAUGGGCGAGGCUCUGCGGUUGAUGCUGCCGCGGUCCUGGACAACAGCUCCUCCCAAAAACAACUGGCUAUUUGGCCCCUCGCCGUCGGGGCGGCCUGGCCUGCUGCAGCAGCAAUGGGGACGCAGCUUGGUUGGCGGGUGUCUCUAUGUCGUCUUGAACGAUGUCAUCCGGGUGUACAGCAAGUCUCGCAAGGUGGCGGCCAUGCAAAACCGUAAGGUGAAGAAUGUAGAUCGACCGCGACGGAGAAAGUGA